AUGUCCCGCGGGGAGAGGGACACAGUCCCUAUCCUCUCUGACACUGGCCCACCAGGUUCCUCCACUGAACGGGAAGUGGAGCUCCGCAGAGUCGCGCUGCGGAGCACCUCCAUGUUAUGGCCUUCCCCCAGCACCAGCACCGGGCCCGGCGCCGCCAAGGGUAUGUUCCACACGGAGCCGCUGAAGAGGAGGCCCCCCCGGCCCCAAUUUUCUGCGCCCAGGAGCGGGCCGCUGUACGGGGGCACGAACCGGGGGACGACGACGCCGCCGUCGGCCCCCCCUCCGCCGCCGGAGGAGCCGCCCAGCAAACCCGACACAGUUGUGGCGCCGGAGGGCGGCGCCGGCGGGUUGGCGGAUGAAGGCGGCGGUCACCACUGGAAGAAGGAUCCUCUAAUGAACUCGGGGCAGUUGGGCAUGUGCAAUGAUCCCUACUGCACCACCUGUCCGGGGGCAUAUCGAGCAUCGGUGGUCUUCCCCAUGAGGCAAGGUGCGAUCUUAUAUCCUUCGGCGGGGGAGGAAGAAUCUGAUUUUCCGGGUAAUGAACGUUCCCAUCCUUCAACUGAGAGUCACCUCAUUUUCUUGUGUAUCGAUUUUAAAGAGAUCCCGUUUCAUGUGUUAUGCUCAAAAUCAUGACAAGAUUCACGCGGAUGCUACAGGACGUGGAAGGAAACGAUUCCAGUUUCUGAGUUCAAAGUUCAUAAUGAAUCCACACAACGAGCACGUCCAACGUUGGAACAAAUUCUUCGUGAUAUCUUGCCUUGUGGCCGUCUUCAUCGACCCUUUGUUCUUCUUCAUUCUCUCUGUGAAUGAGGUAAUUUUCUUUUCAUCUUUCUUCUCUCAGUAUGCAAUUAUGAAGGUGGUCGGAGCAUUUUCAUACAUGGAGAACUAGGCGAGGGAAGUUCAUAACUCUUCCUGCUUGAUUAUAUAAAUAAACUCACAGUGAACUUGCGCAAAGUUUGAUACUUUACUGGAGUUCCUGUUCUUGGCCGGUGGUGUUGUGUGAUUUAUGGCGGCAUUCAUGUUAGCAAUGAAGAGCUUGGGACACCAUUCAUGUCCACUCUUAAUGUGGACUAGUAGCUUGAAGUGUUUCAUAAUCUAAGUCGUCCAUUUUUCAAUGGCACUCUUACUUCCAGCACCAGAACUCCUCUCUGGUUUGGGUGAUAUCUAGCCUUCUUACAUUUCACCUGUAUUCCAAUCUUCUUUUUAGGGGAAUUUCUCAAUUGGGUGAUGCCUCUGAAUCUGUCAGGGCCCGUUCCAUUGUGGUCUCUUUGUUUAGUCUAAUAAUAAUAAUAAUAAUAAUUGGUUCAAAGGGUGUUAAAAGCUGUCUGUAAACUGGGAAAUUUUAAUAAAUUCAAAGGUAAAAAACGGAUAAAUGAAAAAUCGCAUAUACUUUGAUAAUCAUUGAAUGUUGCACUACCUCAUGGGGACUUCUUGUCAACCAAGUUUCCUCGGUACCAAUUGGCUUGAGCCGCAUACAUUUCACUGUGUAAUGAGUCUCUGCAACUUGAUUAACCUGUUCAUACAGAGAAAUAAAAAGGCUACCAUUUUUUUUAUUGUUAUAGAAAAGAUAAAUUUGUCUGUAUUUUUUUUAAAGAGAGUAUACCCGUAUGAACAAGAUGUCCGAUGGUUUUGCUAACAAGGUAUUGAGCGUGAAAUUUUUUUAGUUUCCAUUGAGCCCGUUUUAUAGGAAGGUGUGGCAUCUUUGCUCCUGUAUUGUCUUUGGAGCAAGGUAUUGAAAACUAUACAGUGAUGCAAAUUCCAAGAGGAUAUAAAAUGGGAAAAAAAUCUCUACUUAUUAUUCACAUCAUAGAUGCCUACUAGCUAUGUACAAAGGUCAUGAAAUAAGGAAAAUAUCUGAAAAAAUAAGAAAUUGAGCAGCUAAGAGCCAAACUCCUAACUAUAUGUUCUUUCCAACAGUUCCCCUCAAGUUGGUGAUUAGAUAUUCUCCAUUACCAGUUUGGAUACAAUAUCUGGAAACACUGGACUGACUACUAAAUAUCUUUGCAAGUACACUUGCAAGGUGGCCAUUUGUUGAAACAUAUAGUGUAUCUCUCUCUAAUUUUUUUUUGAUGAGUUGUCUGUCAAUCUUGAUGUUCUUCGUUCAAUCAUGUUGUAUGUGCUGCAUACUUGUCACAAUAGAGUCUGAUCGAUCUAUCGCACUUUAUCAUCAAGUCUUUCUAGGUGAUCUUCAUCCAAGGUAGAUCAUGCGGAACUUGAGCCAUUGCUCAAAAUUCAGAUGUUGCACUUGACUGUGCUACCAUAUUCUGUCCUUUGUUACUCCACAUCACGAGAUUGCCACAAAAAAAGGUGCAAUAUCCAGAGGUUGAUUCUUGUCAACCACUGAACAUAAGACCUUUUUUUGUUAUCCCUUUAAGAUAUUGUAGCACUUAGGGAGCUGCCUGUAUAUGGACUUCCUUUGGACUGUGCAUGAACUAACUAGUAACACUUACUGCAUAGGCUGUAUUCUUAAUCGUUCUUUUGGUUGAUGAUUUAACGCUUCUUUGUGUUUACUUCCUCAGUUUCUCUGGGAUAUUACCUUCGUUUCUGACCUUUAUUUUGUAUUUUAACAGGAUUAUAAGUGUAUUUUCUACGAUUGGUCUUUUGCAAUAGGAAUUGCGGUUGUUAGAACUGUAACAGACAUUGUUUUCCUGCUACACAUUCUUCUUCAGGUAAGCCGAGGCACUUUCCACACCCAGUCGGUUUCUAUUUUUUCUGGCUUAUGAUCGACUAUAGACAUUUUUUUCAUCCCUUUAAUUGGAAAUCAAUGCAUUUCAUUUUGUAGUUUGUAUCAUAAGAACAACAGGUUAUGGUCAAGAUCACUCAUGUCACUUUGUUCUGGGUCAUCUAGUAGAUAUGUUAGCAUCUUCAAAUUUGUUAGUUAUGGUCUUUUAUUCUUAUUAACUUUAGAAAAUAGUGUUCUCCCAUUGUAAUUUUUUUCUCUGGAACUCGGCUGAUCUAAAUAAAGGACUUUCUUUUUUUUCAUGUGUGAUAUGUGGUCAAGAAACUUCUAUGAUCUUUCGUCCAAAAAUUUUGCAUUAGCAUGUUGGUAAAAAGGACCUCAUUCUUGUUAUAUUUAAAGUUGUAGCUCAAAUGACAAAAAGUUUGAAGAGAUAAUGGUCUUCCUAACUAAUUUCUUUGAUUUAAUAAGUUUUGAUGUUGUACUCAGCACAAGUCACUGUUGUAACAAAAGUUCUUCACGGGCACAUGGAUGAUGCAUCUCUGAAACGUUGUUUGCAGUUCAGGCUGGCAUACGUAGCUCCCGAAUCAAGAGUUUCUGGAACUGGGGACUUUGUUGUUGAACCAAAAAAAAUUGCUGUUCAUUAUCUUCGUGGUUACUUCCUCCCUGAUUUGUUUGCUGCUCUACCACUUCCCCAGGUACUAUUUUCGAUUUCAAUUAUCUAACCAUUUAUUUAUAAUGUUUUUCUGGAUUUCUUUCAUUUAUUAUGCACAAGGUCCUAUCCUAUGAUGCCUCUAACCAUGAGUUUCUUUCUGUUUUUCCAUUAGGCAGAGUUAAAGCUUGUUUUUCCUGUUUUAGAAGGAAUUUUAUUUCCAAAGGUCAUAUAGGCAGAUCUAAAAUCUUCCUAGGAUAGAAUUCAUAGUUGGCAGAUUGUAAAAUUUAGAUGGCCAUAAUUGCCCUUUCUCCAUGCAGUCUUUAUUUGUGUCACCAAUAGACUUAGAAUUUUAAUUGUAGUCUUCUCCUUUUCUCCUUGAGGUUUCCACGUGCGAAGUUUUAAUAUGCAUGUAAAUAUCUUCCCAUAGUUGAAUAUUGUGAAGAUUAGAUUUUGAUUUUAUUCUUCUUUUCUUAUAAGUGAAUCCUUAUUAUUUUCGAUCUCUCCCGUAAAUCAAUAAAUUAAUGUAAAAAAAGGAAUAAUAAUCUCCAGUGCAAACUGGGAUGGUGGGAGGAGAGAGAGGGAGGUAAGGAGGGAGAAGGGAAUCUGGAACUAGACCUAUCCUGGAUGCUCCAGUUGCUCUAGUCUUGGCUAUUAAAUCUAGUUAUUCUAUACAGAUCCAGAUGGAGAUGCUGGGGUAUGGGCAGACCAAGGGAAUUGGCACAAAAUGGAUUUAAGGUGGAUAACUCAUCGCCACAGGAUGGGGGAGUAGUAGAUGAGGAGAUAAUGAAGUUACAAUGGAACAAGUAGAUGAAUUAUUAGCAUUUAUGCGAGCAAAAACCAGUUCAUAUUUAACCAUAGAAAAUUGUGCUCAUUUUUCUUCAUGAAGGUCAUCAUAUUGCUGGUUAUGCCAACGUACUGGGGGUCAUCAGCUGCUAAUUAUGCCAAAAAUAUGCUGCGGGCCACAGUUCUUCUUCAAUAUGUACCGAGGAUCACGAGAGUUUUACCUUUGAUUGCUGGAGGAUAUUCAACUGCAUUCAUUUUUGAGUCUGCGUGGUCAAAUUUCGUUAUUAAUCUUCUAAUGUUCGUGUUAGCUGGACAUGUUAUGGGUUCGUGCUGGUACCUCUUUGGCUUACAGGUAUGCAACAAUGAUAUAGCCAGUUGUAGCUGCUUUUAUGGAUAUUCAUAAUGUUCUUUCCCUUGAAACAUUCUCUUGUUGAACUUUGUUUCACAUUCCGUCCUGUUGUUUUGAUUUAUGACUUUGAAUGGUUGGCUUUCCAAGCGGUAAAUUUAUGACUUUCGCAUUUAUCCUAAGGACAUUGUCGAAGAGUGGUUUAUAAUUCAAUAUUAUGUAACUCCUGAAAAUUAUCUAGGCGGUGUAUGAUCUAUACUUGUUCAUGAAAAAGACUCAGUUUUUCUUAUACCAAAUCCUGUUUAUUUAUUUUGUUAAGAUUCAUCUGUAUAGUUGACAUUGUAAAUCGUGGACUUGUCUGGACUCGUGCAUGUGCAUUUGAGUUGAACAAGUAGAAAGGAUCAGAAAGGCUCACUUACUGCUUGUAUCAGAGAUGCGGUGAUAAUCUUGCUGGAUGAUGGUUUGAAAGGAACUCUUCCGGGAUUGGGCUAUGUUUUUGAUUGGGCUAUUUUCUGAUUUUAUCAAGGUGGAUGAUGAACCCGUGCAUACUGAACGUGGCGCAGACAGUUAACACAUCAAAAGCUUAUCCACAUUUUUUUUUUCUUUCACUACUAAAUUUUGCUUUUCAAAUAUUGAAGAUUUGAAAUUACCAAAAUUCUUACUGGCAACUGAAUAAUGGGGCAUGGCUUGAUGAUGAUGGUGAUGUUGAACAAGUUAGUGUGGAGUUACUUGACUAAAUGAUAAUGAUUCCGGUAAUUAUUGCGACAUCUAUAAAACACAGAAGUAGCUAGUUUUGGCAUGUCGAUCUUAAGCAUUUUAAUUAGCAUCUCCAGUCUUUUUGCACGAUUUUCUUGUGAUCACAAAAUAUAAAUGCGCACGUCAUUAAGUCAUAGUUCCUCAUAAUUAUCUGAUCCUUUGCAUACGUAUGUGAUAUCUUAUGCUCUAUAACCACAGCAUGAUGAUUACAUAAUCUCAUGCUUGGAGCAUACUACUUAUUUAAAUUUUUCCUUUUUCUUCUGGCCUGCAGCGGGUAAAUCGAUGUUUACAAGAAGCCUGCUUGGCUUCUAAAAUAACAAACUGUAAAGUGUUCUUGGAUUGUGGACGUGGGCCAAAAUAUCAUAAUUUUACUGGUAAUCCUGACUGGGAAAUCUGGAACAAAGAUGCUGAAGCUUCAUCGUGUUUGUCUAAGAGUAACACCUACAGUUAUGGCAUUUAUCAGCAAGCUUCUAUCAUCACAAAACGAGAUAGUUUCAUCGUCCGAUACAUUUAUUCAUUAUUUUGGGGAUUUCAGGUACUGUUUUACCCUUUCAUUUGGCAUAGUAUACGACUGCUUUCAGCACUCUGUGAGUUAUUGUCCAUAUAAUGUAUAACAAGGCGUAUCCCAUGAAAUAUGGGAUAGAGUGGAAUUUUACCAUUCACUGUGUUGAGCAGCUAUCUGUUUCCUCAUUUUUUUUUAUUUGAGUAUAGUUGUAUCCAAAUGUAUAUUAUGAUGUUGCUCUCUUUUUGUACAGAUUCGCUUUCCUUAGUUUGUUUAUUGUUAAGUCUCUGUAAAGGGGCUCUGAAAUGCCCCAGGGGCCGAGCAUUACAAUUUAUUCAUGUUCUUCUGUUCUCUUCUCCUCCUCUCUCGUCUCAUAUUGUCAGUGAAUAUAUAAGAUGAGGACGAUGAUAGUGAAGAGUGAUGUUCUAACCUCAGAACAGAAGUUGAAAUAGUGCCAGCAGAUAGCUAAGUGUUGCAAUAGAAGUUGAAUUACCAUUGUGGUGAUUUUGGAGGAGCAUCUUUUUACUCUAAUCCUGUCUCUGUAACAUAUACCAGUUAGAGUGUUUGGACUUGUGUCUUUCUAUUGCUGGUUCAUGUGGUCAAUGUGAUUCUUAUAAUGUGGUCAUUGGCGUGUACGUUGAUGGAUGUUGAAAAGAAUUCAGUCAAUGCCGUGUAAACAUGGGAGUCAAUCCCCGACUCUCUCUAGCUUUGUCCUGUUCAUUAAUUCGGGAGCACUCUCUCUCGUCAAACAAUGUGAGCAUCAAAAGUGGAGUGCAAGUUUUGAAGGCCAUAGUUGACAGAGCGAUCAAAUAAAUCGUUUUUAUAGGCUGCCAUCCGUUCAAUGUUUUGCUCCCAUCAUCUGUCAGAGGUACCGUUGACUGAGUUAGUUGGGUGCGAGACUGAUGUGAUGGGGCAUUCGUCUGUUUUGCUCUGCUUUGAGAAUUUUGGGACUAGAUUUCUAGUCCUGGCUUGAGUUUCAGAGCCUAGCGCAGACGCCAAUUCUUUAUUAUGAGGCAUCACUUGUUGAUCAGUGGAGGAAAACUUGUAUUUUUCGAGUGGUAUCAUUCAUUUGAUAUGACAUGGCAUAUCCUAUUGGUGUUUGUCCUCUUAGGUGGUCUGAAUAAGUUUUAAAAUAGUUUGACUGCUUUUAAUCUAACUUGAUUGGCAUACUGGAACCCUUAUUUGAUUCACAUCAGGUAGUUAUCCUCUAAACUACUAAGCUAAAGAAUAUAGCAUUUAAAUUUAAAACUGACUUAAGAGGAUUUCGUAAAUGAGCAUGUGCACUUGUAGAACUUUUUGAUGUCUUUCUUUUAAUUAGGAUUAAAUAUUGAUGAUUUCUACUAUUAAAAUAAAUACAUAUAAAUAUCAAAUUACAUUAGGUAUCAGGUCAGUGUGCUUUCCUGGAAGCCGUUAGAAAAUAUUAAGCUCAGGUACCUGGUUCACUGGACCAUUAUCUGAAAGUCUUUUUUUUUUGUAUGUCUUCUUUUUUGCAAGAGUUUCCAUAUAAGUACAUUUUUUAGUUCUAGAUGUUAGUCUUAACAAGGUUUAGGCCUGCUUAUCUUAAUCUUGACCCUCGAUUUUUUUCUUCAUCACUUUUUAGUAUCUCAUGAAAUCACUCGCUCACAUUAGAUUUUGAUGCUUUACUGCAGCAAAUCAGUACCCUCGCUGGAAACCAAGUUCCUAGUGAUUUUGUGGGGGAAGUACUGUUUACAAUGGGAAUCAUCGGGCUUGGGUUGUUACUUUUUGCCCUACUCAUCGGAAAUAUGCAAAAUUUCCUCCAAUCACUUGGAAAGAGGUGAACAAAUUAUCUGUUUUGGCCUUCUAUCCUACAACUUCUCUGUGAACAAAUUUUGCUAUGUUCAAAAUGUUUUCCAACAAUGUCGAACCUGAAGUCAAUAUUGACAAUAAGUUACUGUUUCGUUCAAAUCUCAGAUUUCUUCUAAUCAGACGAUCAAUUAUUAUGUUUUUAAUGCGACGAGUCCUUUAUUUUUUCAAUGAUUUGGAAUAAUUUUCUUCUUUUUUAUAAAAAAAAAAUAGCACUCUAUGGGCCAUCCAAGUGCAAUGAUCGUUGUCUAUAUUUUGUUUGCAUGAAAUACUAUGAUUCUUGAUGUUACCAAUGACUCGGAAGUUGUUACUCUUUCUAGUACCCAGAAUUCAUGUGCUUAAUGCCUGGUGAAGAAAUUAUCUUAAAAUUACCCUGGAAAGGUGCGUCCCAUGAGAGAACCCCACAGACGAAUCAGAUGAACCACUAGAUAAUCUGAGUAGGGCUACCCAUGUGGCCCUACAAAGAGGCACUCACCAGUAACCUCCCAAGACAAUUUGCAGUCUCUGUAGGGGUCGUCACCAGUAGCUCAUCAGCUGGUCAGCACGGUGAUUCCAAACGAACUCAAGGCAGCCACACGCUAUCUAUCAGGCCGCUAUUGGUCAGUAAGGGUUGGUGUGAGGUGGUAAACUGAAGGGAUUCCCACCAGUCACCACCUGGCAUUGACUCCUAGAAAGUAUCCUCCUCCGUAUGGGAAGAUAAAGCCUAAACGUCCUAAGAUCCCUAUGAAUAGAGAGGGGACAGAAAAUAUUGAAAAUGACCUGGGGAUUUAGGAAUGUAUGAGAGCUGAAGUCCUUAUAGACGUCCAUGUAAGAAAAGGAGAGAAGAAAGAAGACCACGUCUAGAAAUGUAAAAACUAGGUGCCGGCCUUUGUUAUUUUACUUUUUCCUGACCCAUGGGUAGUACCGUUUGGACUUGGAAGCAUGUUGAUUUAAUAAGUCUAGUUGUGAUCUUGUUCUUCCCUUUAUCUGUGCAUUAUUUACCCAGAAUCACGAGUGAACAUCCUGGUAGAAUUUAGUUUCCAGAAUUCUCAAGUUCUCUGGGGAUUUGAGCGACUCAGCCAAGCCCUGGAUCAUGCAUAUUUUGGUCACUUUCUGUAGCAGGUUUGAUUACUGCGACAUUACUUUGAGGAUAUUUUUUCGUCAAGUGAGAAUUUUAUAUGAUUGACAACGUGGUUGUUUUCUUAUAGGACUCUAGAGAUGCAACUAAGAAGGCAUGAUGUUGGGCAAUGGAUGUCCCAUCGCCACCUUCCUAGACACCUGCAGAGGUACACCGCAACAAGCUUUAUUGUUUUAAAGUUCAUAUGUUCACCAGUGAUUCUUUAUUUUAUGGUACGUGAAAAUAGUGAAAUCUCAGUUUGCAUAUUGAUUCUAUGCCUAAAUUUCUUUGGCGUUCGCAAAUGAUAAGGUAAAUAACUAACUCUGUUUCAUAGAACAGCCAUGGAAGAAGAGGCUGUGGGUAUGAAGUGUGAAGGCUGUCUAGCUGUAGAUAAGCAAGAGAAAGAUGGAAAGAGACUAAUAAGGAAACUGUGAAGGCAAUUAACUCUCACGAAAAGCUUCAACAUUUUGGCUUUUGAUAUAAUUCUCUGCCUCUUAGAAAUCGAUUUGGCUUAAAUGAGUUUCUAUUAAGGAAUAAGUGACAUUCAGAGCAUUUUGAAAACCUCUCAGUUUACAGUUUCCAUCAUUUGACAUGAAAAGGAAGAUCCAGAGGAAAGAAAGCAACUUUAUUUUUUUCUUGACUGUUUCCUAUAUCUGCUCUAUAAGAACCAAUUUGUAUAUCUUGUGUGAUAGUGACCCGAACUCUUUAAAGAACAAAUAAUGGUUAUAUCUUGGGUUUUCUCUUUUCUUUGUCCGAGGAGCUGUUCUUUUUACUUGACGGUUUAUAUAAUAGUGACAUGCCGCCUUAAAAAUUUAUAUAUAUUAUUAUGCUAUUUAUUUAGAUAUCAGUCAUUUUGGCUUUUUUUUUUCUUUUUUUUAUAACUCGUUCUCCUUUGACUGCUUGAUAAUAUAGUCAAGUAAAGAAAGCCGAGAAAUUUAGUUGGGCUGCCACUCGUGGUGUGAAUGAAGAGGAGCUCCUGAAGAAUUUGCCAGAGGAUCUGCAGCGUGAUAUCCGACGCCAUCUUUUUGGAUUUCUAAAGGAGGUAAGCUCCAAUGAGAAUGGUUUUUUUAGUUUACUAGCAGCUGAUUUGCGAGUGUCAAGCUACAUCAUCAGCUUCUCUGCACCCACUUUAGGAAACAUGAAGAAUCACCAACCAAAACCAGAAUACACCAUUUCAGCAAGCUCAAAAUGUCUAUCUAUUCUCCUUGUUAUAAAAGACACCAGUUACAUGAUGCUGCUUGUAAACUCCUGUUUUUUGACUUUCUAUUAUUUAUUUAUUUUUCUUCCUUGCUCGAGGAACUAAUUUCACCUGGGUUGCAGGUUAGGAUAUUUAGCCUAAUGGAUGAACCCAUCCUAGAUGCUUUUCGUGGGAUAUUGAGACAAGAAUUAUACAUGGACAAAAGCUAUGUUCAGAACAAAGGUGGGCCAAUUGGGAAGAUGGUGUUCAUAGUGCGAGGUCAAAUGGAGAGUAUUGGGUCCGACGGAAAUCCAUCCCUUCUGCGUGAGGGUGAUGUCUGUGGCGAAGAACUCCUCGCUUGGCAUCUUGAAAACGUCUCUGUAAAGAAAGGUGGGCUUUCUAAUCUGGACUUCCCUCAUCGCAUCCAUAGAGCAUGUAAUUGGUUCCCUGUAGUCAGAGUCUUCUCCCUGAUGUAAUCAGAUUAUAUAUAUAUAUAUAUAUAAUCCUUAGUUUUCCUUGAAUAUUACCAUUCUCUUCACCCAAUGGCCUCAUUACAAUGCAUGAAAAAAAUAAAAUUAGUGUCCCAAUCUUGGCCUUCCUCAUCACAUUCUUGGAUGAUAUGAUACACUGGUGCCCAUAUGAAAUUACAGUAGAGACUGCCUCUCUAUUGCCUGAUGUAAUAAUUUUUAAAAAUCAAAAUAUAGUGUUUUUAUCUUAGUUGAUUAAUUACAUCGAAUGACUACUCUUUUCUUUUUGCCUAGAGACGGAGAAAAUCCGAAGCCCCAAGCAGAGACUAUUCUCCAACAGGGACGUCAGGUGCACCAGCAACGUCGAAGCCUUCAUACUUCAAUCCUCCGAUCUGGUGGAUGUCAUCAUAAACUUUGAAAGGUUCUUGCGGAACCCACGUGUUCAAGGAGCCAUCAGGUGAGUCAAACCCUAGUUCUUCUGCUUCAUAUAUGAACUCUCAGUACAAAAUCAUAUUCUUCUUAAGUAGCAUUGAAAGCCUAAGUCAUAUGUAUAGAUAUGACUUAGGUUUUCCAUUUUGGGUCAUAGAUGACUGCAAUCCCUUGACCACCAACACCUGGGCAUCCAACUACUUGCCUAGCUCAUCUUCUGGCAAUAAAGAGCCUGCUACUCUAUGAAUUUUCAUAGAUAUAUAGAUAUAUAUCAUAUUUAUUUAUAAUUAUAUAUCUCUAGGCUAGGUGGGCCAUCAAUGGAAGACAUGGUUAUUUUUCAACACACCAGUUUUUCAACUCAUGGUCUUAGGAACCUCUCUCUCUCUCUCUCUCUCUCUCCAAAGAUGGUGAGCAUGAACAGAAAAGAUCUGGUUUGACUUACUAUAUUCCACCACCACCACCAUCUAACAGGUAUGAUUCGACCUAUUGGAGGACCAAAGCAGCAACACACAUCCAGGUGGUUUGGAAGUACCACAGGUGGCAGCGCAUGCGCAAAGCCAAAGCCCACAACCAGGGUAGACAUCCCCAUGGACGCCGCCUUCCUCCUCGGCACUGA